AUGGCAACUCUCCAAGGCAAAAGCAUCGUGGUUGUUGGAGGCUCAUCGGGGAUUGGUUUCGCAGUCGCCCUCGCUUCCCUUCAAUCUCAGGCGAAAUCUGUCAUUAUUGCCUCCAGCAAUCAGGCAAAGGUGGAGCGCGGCGUGGAACGUUUGAAAGCUUAUAAUCUGCCAGGGGAAAUCAGCGGGCAUGUAGUGGAUGCCAUGGACUCUGCGAGUGUCAAAAAGUUUGCGCUAGAUAUUGGCACCGUCGACCAUAUUGUUUGGUCCAGUGGGGACAACCCUGGCAAAACUGUCAAUGCAAAGGUUGAAACUUACGAGGCCGGACAAGGUGUAUUCGCUGUUCGCUUUUGGGGACCUUUUGUCUUAGCACAACAUGCGAAGUUCAAUCCCGGGGGGUCCUUGACUCUUACAUCUGGUUUGAUUGGUGUUAAACCGUGGCCAGGAUCUCAUCUAGCGGCAGGCAUGCUUUCCUCUCUGGAUGGGCUUGUUAGGGGUCUUGCAGUAGACUUGGCGCCCGUGCGCGUUAACCUUGUUAAUCCAGGGCCGAUUGACACAGAGAUUUUUGACAUUAUGUUUGGUGAUCAGAAGAAAAGCGCUUUGGAAGGAUUGGCAGCCAAAUCACUUCUUAAGCGAGUGGGUGAACCGAGCGAGGCUGCAGAGGCGUAUCUCUUUUUGAUGAAGUGCGGAUUCAUCACUGGACAGCGAAUUGAUGUCGAAGGUGGUCAAGUCUUAAUGUAA